UUACAUAUAGAACCAUCGUUGUUAUAUAUGGCCCUCCGUGGACUAGAGAUAAUACCAACCUCAUUAUUACGCUGUUUAUUGAUUACAUUCAAAUGAAAUAGAUUCUGUAAUUGGUAUGAUUAUCAGAUAAUAUAUUUAUUCAUAAUACUAUUCUUGAUAAUUAUCCAUCAAACAUUUCUGCCACCCUUGACUCAUAAAGAUAAUACAUACGAUGAACAGUCAUCGGCUUGUCUUGCCCAUUGUGGCAUUUUCACAUUUCAUUGCUGUCACCGCGAUAAUUGUAGAUUUCCGUGCAAAAGUACAACACCCCAAAGUGGAUAUUUUCCGGGGAGGAUUUUCAAACAAUGGAGAAUAUUAUAUGGCAACAUCUGAAAAAGGGCAUAUCACAAAAGUUAGAUACGAUACAUUAAAUAUAGAUACUUCAGUGCUGCGUGCCAGAGGAGUAUUCUUCUCCUGUAUAGAACUAUUUGUUCGUGGUGAAGAAAAGUAUAUGAGGAUAACUGUGGCACGUAAAGGUGUAGGACCAAAAUACAAAACUAUAGUAUAUGAUGUCAGUAUGUCUGUAAUGCGGAAGGAAUCUAUAUCUAAUUUGCGUUCCUUUAUUGAUGGUACAAUUAAUUUAGAUGUUGAUAUUACAGAGGGUGCUAAAAAUCACCCAAUUUUAAAAUUCAAGCAUAGACGGGCUUUUACAUGCGAUGUUAUACAUAUAUCUGUUUAUGUGACUUCAUUAUUAGUUAAAGGAAAGGUGAUACGCGCAUAUACCCAUUUUGAUCACAGAUUGGGUAAGAUAAAGUUUAGGAAAUUGGGUAAGCUGACUUUUGGGUAUGAUGUACAAUUGGAUUCAAUAGCGAGAGAAGCAUGGCUAAUUAAAAAAGAUGAUCUGUUUUCUCUACAGUUAGAUGAUAUAGCGCAAUGGCGUUUCUUCCCGCCACAUAACUAUAUAAAGGCUGAUAAUAUAUAUAAUUUGAACACAUCAGAAAGCUCAUUUGCAUCCACUAGCAAUGCGUCAACACAAAACAAUAUUCCAUCAUCAUAUAGCAACUGUCCAUUAAAACCAGGGAGCAUCCUGGGGAUAUUAGUACCGAAAGUUUUAAUAGGUAAGGUACCAUUUGAAGCAUAUGGCAUCGGUGAUAUUACAGACAAUAGCGUUACUUACUACGUAGAAAAACUUCACCGCUUAAUUAUGAUGAACAGUGAACAACCAUCGUAUGGCCCACUGAAUGUGGAUAUGAUUUUACGUGAAUGCAAGUUGGAACAUAUCAUAAUAUCCAGACAAACAUACGAUCAUGGUAAUGAGGCUAAUAUUAUAUCGACUGAUAGGAAUCAAUUAACUAUGCAGAAUAUUAGUGGUUCCAAUGAGGAUAAUGUUGGGGAAAUAUCGGAAUUAGAGAAUAAGGCCGACAUUGAUACGCAUAAAGAUAAGCCAGACGUUAGUAGUAUAGAAGCUGAAAUGUUUGCCGAAAACUUGAUAGAUAAGUCAACUUUAGAAGAACUCGACAUAACAGAUGUACUCCCCUUCGAUAUGGAUAUAUAUCUAAAUCCAAGCGACAACAUAGACGACUUAAGCACAAACACAAAAGAAGCUUACAUGGAAGGUGAAGAAAUUCUUAAUUCAAUAAAUAUUAUUCCUAUGUUGCCCGUUCAGGAUCAAAGUGAUAUAAAUGGCAAAAGCGCGUAUGGGAAUAUAUAUAACAUAAAAAAUCCAUUAAGUGAAACAAGUGUACAAUGUGGUAUAGAAAGUAAAUAUGAAGAUAAUGGGAUUCACGAAACAAAUAUGAAUUUACCUUUGGAUAGAAGUAACGAAAGUGGUGCAAUGUCGUAUCACCAACAUCAAGUCAAUGAUCUAAAAACUACAAAUGAUGACACUUAUGUUAACCAACUAUUGGAAAUAAAUAGAUAUAUAGAUGAAUUUAUCCAAUCAGGAAAUAGUGAUGGUGAGAAUGACAAUAUGGUUAAUACUCCCAAUGCCAACAUGGAUCUUAUAACCCAAAGGAAAAAAGAACUCAUGCCAUAUGAAAAAACCACAUUUCAUAAUGUUCCAAAUGAUUGCAACUAUAUCACCAAAAGCAUCAACUUUUCUAAUUCUACCGUUGCAACGGAGUCGCACAGUGAAUGCACAACAUCACCUAGUGGGAUUAAUGACGUAUUAGAUAAAUCUUCUGAAAGGCACACGCAUCAGAGUAAUUCGGACCCUGUAACAUCAAAUGAUGCAUCCUUAGAUAAGACUAAUAAGUCUACAGAAAGUGUCAAAUCAUAUGGUGGUACCAAUCAGAAUGUAAUGACGGAACAGAUGGAUUCCCACAAACCAUGCGGAGAGCGUAGUAAUACAAACAACGUUGACCAUUCUUUAACAUGGAAAGCAUCGGAGCAGAAAGUAAAUGAUGCCCCUUUACGUUGCGUGGCGGUUGCAAAAUCGUUAUUUCAUGUAGGACCACCUUCUGGUUCUAACAUUGUUCUGCUACUUGCAAUUUCUAAAAGAAACAGCACAUUUGAACCUUCAUCGGCAGUCAUUGUAAAAAGUGAGUGCAAUAUAAUGAACAAUUAUACCAGUUUACAUGUCCAGGAGGAUAAAGUAAGGAAUUGCAAAAUAAUUGGUGCAAAAGAUAUAAGAAUGCAAAAAGGUUACAUUUUUUGCAAACAUAAAAAUGUGAUUUCAACAGAGGUCGAAUCCUUUCAAAGUACAGUAGGACUCUGGCAUUAUCUCCUAGUUCAUACAAUGUCCAUCCUCGAAGAUGGCGUCUCUAGACGAACACAACAAUUGUAUCAGGAAAUAAUUAAUGAUGGAAAAAUCGCGUAUCGAUCAGUACUGGACACUGAUGAAGAACUCCUCUCAUUUAUUUAUAGCAUGAGGCCGCAGUUACAUACUACAGACCAUGUUAUUAGUUAGACGCUAUACCUAUAGUCAUGGUGAGAUAAUAAUUUG